GCUGUUGGAAAAGCGCACACAAGUGUCCUGGCGCCAGCUGCGGUGUCCUUUAAUAUAACAAGCAUCUAGCGGCGGCUGCUCAGUCGUCGAUGGCUGCUUCAAGCUAACACUGUUCAAGCAUUGCGCUCGCCCAACCUGAGCUAACGGCUAUUCAAAGAAGGCUCGCGCGCGCUUCGCUUAUCACAGAGCCCAGAACCCAAAUACGAGAGUUGUGAGUGGAUGAGUGAGUGUGUGUGCUUGUGUGUGUGUGUGGCAGGAAGUUGUUUAGCGAAACUGGAGUGAAAGUCAAAUCUCAAAUACAAAACAAAUAAAUCACAAGCCAAAAAUAAAACAAAGGCCGGGAGUGAACGAAUAUAUUAAACUCCCUAUGGAAAUAAAUUAAAUAAAGUGCUAAACUGAAAUCCAUUUCAACUCGAUAAAUAUUAAAUAUAUUCAAAGCGUUAUGCAUCACAUAUGAUAAACAGUAAUUUGUGCAAGUGAAUUAAAACGCCAGCAAAAACUCUUUGCAUUUCAACCAACCAACCGAAACUCAAACAGCCGGCCAAAAUGUAUGGCUUUGUUAACUACGCCCUGGAGCUGCUGGUACUCAAGCAUUUCGGCGAGGAAAUAUGGGAGAAGAUCAAAAAAAAGGCCAUGGUCAACAUGGAGGGACAAUUUCUGGUGCGUCAAAUUUACGAUGACGAAAUAACAUACAAUCUAAUUGGAGCAGCUGUUGAGAUACUCAAAAUACCUGCCGAUGAUAUAUUGGAGCUCUUUGGCAAAACAUUCUUUGAGUUCUGCCAGGACUCGGGCUAUGAUAAGAUACUGCAAGUGCUGGGCGCUACGCCGCGCGACUUUCUACAGAACCUAGAUGCAUUGCACGACCAUUUGGGCACCCUGUAUCCAGGCAUGAGAGCGCCUUCGUUUCGCUGCACGGAACAGGACGGCGAGCUGCUGCUGCAUUAUUACUCGGAACGGCCUGGCCUCGAGCACAUUGUCAUCGGCAUCGUGAAGGCCGUCGCAUCGAAGCUGCACGGCGUCGAGGUGGAAAUUGACAUUGUGAAGCGCAAGGGCGAGCCCAUCGACGAGGCCGAGAAGGAGCGCGCCCUGGCACGCGAGCAGCAACAAUUGGACACUGAGACGACAGCUGGCGGAUCCGAUGAGGCGGCAGCAGAUGCUGCUGCAGCAGCCGCCCAACUGUCAGCCGAACACAAUAAUAAUCACAAUGCCAACAACAACAAUGCCAGCAGCAGCGGCACCAACAACAUCAACAACAACAACGACGCUCAGCAAAUUGCCAUUGAGCCGGCUGGCGAGCAAUUGCCGGCCACAUCGAAGGCCACAGGCGGCGCGACAUGUGGCCCACUCGUGCAGGAUAGCUUCGAUUGCGACGGCGACAAGGAGCAGAAGUGCCUGCGUCUGCUGAAGAACAAGAGCGACGACAUCGAGCGCUAUGACCACGUCCAGUUUCUGAUACGCGAGAUCAAUGUGGCUGCCAAGUCGCAGGUCGAUGCCAAGAAGGAUGAACAGGCGGUCAUCGAUGAUAUGGAGUUUCUGUGCGAAGCGCCCCUCAUCUCGCCGGCGACUUUCUGCAAGGUGUUCCCCUUCCACCUGAUGUUCGAUAGACAAAUGAAAAUCGUGCAGGCCGGCAAGGCCGUAUCCCGCGUUAUACCCAGAGUGGCCGAGGAGAACUGCUCGCUAAUAGAGGUAGUGGAGGCCAUUAGACCGCACCUGCAGCUAACAUUCGAGAACAUUCUAUCGCACAUAAACACCAUCUAUGUGCUCCAGACGAGGCAGGGCGCCAUGAGCAGCCGGCUCGAGCAGCGCUUUCUGAGACUAAAGGGACAAAUGAUGUAUAUACCCGAAACGGAUCGCAUACUGUUUCAGUGCUAUCCGAGCGUCAUGAAUUUGGAUGAUCUAACCAAGAAGGGACUCUACAUCUCGGAUGUGCCGCUGCACGAUGCGGCCAGAGAUUUGGUGCUGCUUUCCGAGAAAUUCGAGGCGGAGUACAAGCUGACCAAGAACCUGGAAAUGCUGACGGAUAAGCUACAGCAAACGUUUCGCGAUCUGGAGAGCGAGAAGCAGAAGACGGACAGGCUGCUCUACUCGGUGCUGCCCAAGUCGGUGGCAAAUGAGUUACGACAUCAGCGUCCAGUGCCGCCCAAACGCUACGACUCCGUAACGCUGAUGUUCUCCGGCAUUGUGGGCUUUGGCCAAUACUGCGCGGCCAACACGGAUCCCGAGGGCGCCAUGAAAAUUGUGAAAAUGCUCAACGAGCUCUACACAGUCUUCGAUGCGCUGACCGACUCCAAGCGCAACCUGAACGUCUACAAGGUGGAAACUGUGGGCGACAAGUACAUGGCCGUCUCGGGGCUGCCAGAUCAUUGCGAGGAUCAUGCCAAGUGCAUGGCACGCGUAGCUCUCGACAUGAUGGACAUGGCCAAGAACGUCAAAAUGGGCUCGAAUCCAGUGCAAAUCACGAUUGGCAUCCACUCGGGCGAGGUGGUCACCGGCGUCAUCGGCAAUCGGGUGCCCAGAUACUGCCUCUUUGGCAACACGGUCAACCUGACGAGUCGCACCGAGACAACCGGCGUGCCCGGCCGCAUCAACAUCAGCGAGGACACCUAUCGCCUGCUGUGCCAGGAGAUCAACCAGGAUGAUUCGUUUAAUCUGGAAUAUCGCGGGCCGGUCAUUAUGAAAGGCAAGCCGACGCCAAUGGACUGCUGGUUCCUGACACGUGCCAACAGCGCCCUAAAUGCGAGCAGCAGCGGCAACGGCAGCCUCGACUCGCCGCAGCUGCAGCCCACAACGCCAACGGCCACAUCGCAGCGCCUGAUGAUGGGCUUGGGGCAUGCCCCAGUCUCACGUACGUCCUCGGCGAGCGGCAGCGGUGGCGGUGGUGGCGGUGGUAGCGGCGGUGCAGCCGCAACGGGUCCUGUGGUGCCACCAGAUGCAUAGGAAAUGCAAAUAAACUGUAAAUCUACGUGCAACUCCUUGACUUCACCAGCCAAGCGACUAUCUAACUGAAUGUGUAUGUGGGUGUGUGUGUGUGUGCGUGUGUGUGUGUGUGACUGAGCCACUUAACCACUUCAUUUCAAUGCAUUUGUCCUCUGCGUGUGUGUGCAUCUGUGUGUGACUGUUGCUGCUGCUGCUGCUGUGGCUCUGGCUCUGGCUCUGGCAGCGACUCAAGAAGCUGGCAUCGGAAUGUGUUGUGGAUACUGUGGAUGGAUCGCUGUGCAAGCAAUCGACAGAUUAAAGGAACCCAUAUUGUAACUACUCGUCUGUUGUAAUUAGUAAGUAGAGAGGUGUGUGUGUUUGUGUGUGUGAACGAUUAUUUCAAACUGUACAAAAACCAAAACAAAAAAAAAAGGAAAGGAAAAUUUAAAUGAGUUAAAUAUAUAUACAUGUAUUUAUGCGUCGAGGCUUUUAUGAGUGUAUUUUGUGAAUAAGCUCGAGACGUGAGUUUAUAUUUAUUUUUCUACUUUGUGAUGGUUUCUUAGGCUGAACUUUUUGUGCUUUGUACUAUAGGUGUAAUUUAUGUAGGCUCUACUCAAACAUACAUAUAUGUAACUCUAACUCUGUAUAAGUAUGCUUAACCAGAACUUCAUUGAAAAUGCAAAACAAGAGCUCAUAUGCAAAAAGAACUGUAUAAACAUGUCUAUGAGUCCGUCGAGUAAGGCAAAUAUUCUAAUCCACACAUUGGACACUAAUUAAGCGAAACUUAACUCGUUAAUACUUAAGUAUACCACAAGGCACCAAAUGUACGUUAGCAACUGUAGCACAGUCAAUGGUUACCUAAUGCUGAAUAUGCUGAAUACGCUGAAUGCUGAAUGCAGAAUGCUGAAUGCUAUAUACAUGGAAUCUACGGAAUGGCUUUGCACCCAACUUCUAUACAGGGCUACUGACCAGAAAACCAAAUGUUAGCUAACUCAAAUGCACCAAAGACGAAACUUGUAAUCAAGUAACUAACAAGAUAACCAAAUAAAGUACCAAUUAAAUACCAAAUGAAGUACCAAAUAAAUACUCAAUAUAUACAAGAAUACCAAAUAAAUACGAAAUAUAUAUAAAUAGAUACAUACAUACAUGUAUGUAAUAUCUACAGCAAACCAAAUGUUAAAUAUCUUAAGUAAAUAUAAAUCUAACCAAAGGAAUAUAAAAACUAAAUCAAGCGCAUCCAGAACCAGUAAUAAAAAAAUACCUAAGUAAAUAUACUAAAAUACUAAAGAUAUUAUUUGUGAAAUUUCCUGUACAUUGAUUAAACUAUUGGCAAUAUACAUCUAUAAGUGUUAUGAAGACAAAUCUCUACAAGUAAAACUAUACUUUAAACUGAAAAUAGCUUUAUAGUUCUUAAGCCAGCCGAUUCGAGGAGGAGACACAAGAAAUACGCAAGCAUUAUAAUCCCGAAAUAUCAACAGUGUAAUCACAGCUAUAGAAAGCGAAAAACAGAUAUAUUUAUAAGAGAACAAAA